GCUGAUAAAUAACGCAAUUCUUUCCAUGGAAUUCAGUUCAUUUCCUUAGAUCCACUGGGACGACGGCGAAAUGCCGUCCCUCACAUUGUGUCUUCUAGCGUGUGUCACGUUUCUUUCAAGCUUUAGUCACGGAGCACAAAUACAUCAGCACGGAUACGUCAAGCCGCUAAACCGUGGAAGUAGUGAGAUUAACUAUUGCACUUGGGGCGACAUCCUGCUUCGCUACAAGACCAGCAACAUGAAAUCAAAUGCUAGUGCUACCCCCCAAGGGUCUGCAACAGAAAACGGGACUCUUGUUGAGAAUGCCAUCUCUCCCAGAAAACCUUUGGAAUCAAAUGUAAUGUUGCCACCGGCGUACAAAACUAAAACGCAACAAAAGACAAGCGGCGUUUCCUCACAGAACAACCUUUUCAGGACGGCUGGAAGUGGAAAUAACAUUUCAUACAUGGAAUUGUCGACGACCACUAAACCACGGCCUCACAAGAACGCAGACGAUGAUCGAUCUGCACAUUCCUAUCUGGACGCCUUUAUUGAUGACUCAUGGAGGGUCGAUGGUGAUAUUGCUCUAUCUGAAGGUAUGCGAGUGGAGAAGUCGAUGGAUCAAAAGGGAAGCGCGGCUCACUCUGUUAGGCAGAAUGUAGAGAUAAAUACACAACAGAAAAUAGCUCAGGUGACAACCAAUACCACCGAGCAGAAAAUAGACAAGACGCCAGCCAAUACCAAAGCGCAGACCACAGUAGUUGCUAAGUACCUGGAGAAGGAUGUUAACAGUUCGUGGUGGUACUCAGGAUUAGUGAAAUCACCGGUAGUCCUGUGGGAAGUUAUGGAAAAUGUGCAAGACAUCUGGACCAGGAUCACGGACCCCGAUGAACGCUGGACAGAGUACAUUUACCGCAACUUCAAGGAAGGACUCAAAGUUCGACACCAAAUGCGAGCUCGUCCACCGAGAGUACAUUUGAGGGAUUACAUCCAGAGGCCCAGGCACACCCUUGCCACCCUAUCAUGUGUACUCAUCAUCACUCUGGCUGUGUACGCGGCCAGGAGAUUCUUCCUUUGGCGCAAACAGCGUUUCCCGCCUUUCGUACACCGGCGCGGCAAGAAAAGACGUCGCAAACUCUCCUCCUUUUAUAUUUUUGUCGAUCUUCUGGUGUGGAUUGGUCAAAACUUACACCUCAUCAACUCAAAGAACAACUAGAACGGAUCAUCAGUCAACUUGUACAGAUGUUUGGCUACUUUUUCUAAACCAGUUACCCGUUGUUAUCCUCCUUGCCCAAAUUUUCCGUUUUGAACGAAAUGUUUAAUACUAAGUGCCUACAGAGGAAAGAUGAGUUGAUAUGAAUUUGAGAAUAAAGAGAGACAUGGCAUGA